GUCCAUAGUAAUUAGGAUGACGUGGAUAAGGUAAACUUUAUAAAUCGUACUUGAUUUUCGAUCCUGCCUGAUAUAACAGAUUAGUCAGUUGUAUAUUACAACAGGUUAUUAAGUUAGUCCGUUAAUUCUGGUUUCGCUUCUUCUAAUUCACGUCAAUCACUGUCGUUGUUCAAUGAGUUCCGAUUCCUCCAUAGACUUAAAUUUACUAACUUGGCUAAUUCAUCGUAUAAAUGCCAUUUACAUUCACAGCAAAAAGUGAUUGCUUUUCGAAUAAGGAUUAUAUAUGUUGCCGUUAGAUAGAUGUUCUGUAUUUAAGUAGUCGAAUUCAGAUAACUAUUUUAUACAUGCAGCAAUAGAACGAGACCAUCUUAGAUUUGAUAGAAAAGAUAUUUCUCUCCAACCAUAAAUAGUGGUAUGUAAAAGUAUUUUUUUCGAUAAUUCGUCUUUCCCUAGUAAAAUUUCUUUUGUACGCUGAAACUGUUGUCCAUAUAUAGUACAAAACUCAAGACAACAUGAAUGGUAUGACCUCCAAUCCAUUUCAUAGUGAUAUACACUUUCGAACUCAUCAAUGUUCAACACUAGGCGGGCAAAAAGUGCCAUCACUUUGGCAUUUCAAUAAUCAAUAAUAGUGUCUCAUUAAACUAUUAUGAGAAGUAGAUAUUUUGAAACUUCGUAAAUUCCUAAUAUCUUCCUGUUUGAUGUUGUGAACAGGUUGUGUAACUGUAGUCUUUUCUUAACAUUGCUUUUAACUUGAUAAACUAUAGUUUACUUUUUAUUGGGACAUAUUUUAGGACAAUGGAAAUCGUACAGGAUUUGGCAGCCUCCACUUUGAAAGAUAAUCCAUACUUUAGUGCCGGUGCUGGGCUAUUUGGAGUUGGGAUAGGAAUGGCUGCCCUUAGAAGAAUGAGUCAAGUUAUAAACCUUCUCGUUCGCCGUAAUUUCACUUUAACUUUAGAAGUAGCCAGUCAUGAUAAGGCUUAUCCCUGGGUUUUACAUUGGAUUACGCUGAAAUCUAAUGGACCGUUAAUGAAAGGUGGAAAAAACAAAAUAGGUGGUACAAGUCAACACUUAAGUGUUGAAACUAGUGUAGUACGUACAGAAGGCGGGCGAAUCAAAGCUGCAUUCGGCUUUGUGCCUAGCGUUGGCGUUCACUAUAUGGUUCACCAAAUGAAAUUAAUCCGAAUUGAACGUGUUCGUGCUCAACAAUCCUUACAGGGUGCUACUGUAGCUCCAUUCGAAAGUGUAACUCUUACGACGUUCGGUCGCAACGCCAGAUUUUUUAUUGAUUUGCUCGAGGAGGCUAGAGAAGAAGCUCUUGCACGUGAAAAGGGUUGGACCGUUGUUACAAGUUAUACUUGUUGGAUGCAAGAAUUAUGUGCUGUUGGUUCAGAAUGGCGCCAGUUUGGUUAUCCUCGUCCACGUCGACCUUUAAAUUCUGUCAUACUGCGUGAUGGUAUAGCUGAAACUAUUGUAGCUGAUGUCAAAGAGUUUGUUGACAACCAGGCCUGGUACACUGAUCGUGGUAUACCAUAUCAUCGUGGUUAUUUAUUAUAUGGACCACCAGGAUGUGGCAAAACUAGUUUCAUAACAGCUUUGGCAGGCCAUUUAGAUUAUAGCAUUAGUAUAUUAAAUUUAAGCGAAUUCGGCAUGACGGCAGAUCGAUUAGAUCAUUUAUUAACGCAUGCACCGCUUCAAACUAUCAUCUUACUUGAGGAUAUUGACGCAGCAGUGCAUAGUCGUAACACAUCAAAUAAUGAUCUACUUCAUAGCAAAGCUUAUGAAGGUAUGCCAACACUCACUUUAAGUGGAUUGUUAAAUGCACUAGAUGGUGUAACCUCGACGGAUGGUCGCAUCAUAUUCAUGACUACAAACUAUAUCGAUCGACUUGAUCCUGCUCUAAUACGACCCGGUCGCGUUGAUAUGCGUGUACGAGUUGACGUUUGCGACUCGUCUCAACUAAUGCGCAUGUUUAGUCGAUUUUACCCACAGUGGACGUCGUCUGACAUUAAUAAUUUAGCUCAAAAGUUUGCAAGUCUAUUAAAGGAUACACCUUUGAGUUCAGCACAAGUUCAAGGUUAUUUGCUGUUGCAUAAAGAUGACCCUUUAAAAGCAAUUAGUAAUAUAAACCAACUGUUGUCUCCGUAUGAUUCAUAA